UUUUCAUAACCUGUCAAGUUUUUUUUACUGAUAUUCGGAGUAAAGUCUAUAGCAGCCGCCGGUUCCAUAAUAUCAAAAUAGGCGCUCCCAAGUCGAAAAUUACCGUGAAAACUAAAAAAUUAGCAUAUAAAUCAUAAAAUAUGGCGGCAUUGGAUCCAACUUUUGUGAACAUAAAUGACAAUGACGAAAAUAAAGAAGUGAAUGAAUGGAUACGUUUUGGUAUGCGACUGGCAGUUAGCGCUGCACUACAUCCAUUUGAAUAUUCAAAGGUGCUUAUCCAGUUGGGCUAUGAACCCAUACCGGCACGUCCUGGCACAUCGCUUUUGGGCAAGCCAAUUAUGGUGUUGCCCAAUAUCUUCCAAUACGCUGGUUACAUCAGGAAAAUGGAUGGUUUCUAUGGUUGUUAUCGUGGUCUUGCGCCCAAAUUGGUAGGAUCCAUUGUGAGCAUGAUUUUCAGUGAGAAAAUUGCUGAUAGGGUGGGACUGCCAGCAAUCGAUGAUAAGGAUAAGGACGACAAUGACCUCACCGAUGAAGAACUUUACGUACAAUUUAAAGUGAACCUCAAGCGUGAUGUUGUGCUUAGCGUAUCAGGCAUUAUUGUCUCACAUCCGUUUCAUGUAAUUUCGCUACGUAUGAUGGCACAAUUUAUCGGCCGAGAAACGCUUUAUCAAUCAAUAUUUGGUUCCAUUAAAGAAAUCUAUAAAACUGAAGGUGUUUUAGGCUUUUUCUCCGGUUUAGUUCCCAAACUGCUUUGUGAUGUAGUCUGUCUGGUGCUCACAAGCACCACGGUGUUUGUGCUUAACAAAUAUGUUAUCAAAGACAAAAUUGGCAGACAGUAUAAUGCCGGAUUCGUACAAUUUGCAUUUUCAAGCAUUUUGUAUCCGUUCCAAGUGGUUUCUACAUGCAUGUCUGUGACAGGUUCACGUUUAAUGGCUGGCCGCCCACCAGUGAUGCCUGAAUACAACAACUGGGUCGAUUGUUGGAAUGACUUGCAAGCGCGUGGUGAACUUAAGCGUGGCACAUCAUUGUUUUGGCGUUCUGUUGGUGGCUCAUCAAAGCUUGUUAAUGCUGGACGCCGCGCUGAAUUUGCGCCUCUACCAACGAUUGCAAAAUACCAAUAAGCCGAAGCAUUACAUUAUAUCCCCCCCCCUGAACAACGAUGCAUUUUGAAAUACAAUAUUUCACCGUUGACUAUCAACACAAUUAGUAGAUACCUAACUGCAUUUUGGUAAUAUUAUUUUUUUUUUUCUUUUAUGGAAAUGUGAAGCUGUGGAAAAUCACAAACAAGUGCGACAGCAACAUGUUGCAACCAAUUAUUGCUUUUACUUUCCUGAACUCAAAUUAAUGUAAACCGUCUGUUGAUUGUAAAUUAAAUUAAAUUAAAUGAACUUAGUUCGCUAAUUUUUCAAUA